AUGACUCGCGCUAAAACUAACCUUCACGGCCAGCUUCAGUCUACUCCCAGAGCCUGCUCGCAUCUCGAGACCCGAUCUCUCAAAAACAAACUACCACCAGUUACAGCCAACAGAAGGCCUCUCCUGCCAGCAUCCAGCUUAAACCUAUCGGGCCCUUCCCACCCUCUUUGCUUCUCCCUGGGAUUUUGGCAGAUCGCUGCUUGUGCCACACGUCAUCUGAUUCGAUAUCCAUACGCAUCCGGGCAGAAAGAGUCAAGCAAAAAAGAAAAAAAUACAGGGAAUAGAGGAGCCAAAAACAGGACGAACAGGACGAAACAAGACGGACAAGUCUGGGGAAAAGAACUGCAAGGACUGCAGCACUGCAUCCAUACUGCAUACCCGUGCAGCAAGGGAACUACUGCAUUCUUGCUUUUCACUCCCGCUGCAGCGAUCCGCGUUGCACCGCUUCGAUUAGUCCCCGUCCGGAUCCGGUUUAUCCUUUCACCUUUCUGUUAUACGGCUGCCUGUCUUCGCUGGAACUGUCGGGCUUCUAGAAUAAAGAACAACAUAAUUCACCUUGCCCCACGCUAUUCGACGAAAGAGACAACAAAUAGCCAUAUUCGCCGCGGAUACGGGGGUUUAUCUCUAAAUAUAAUAUAUUCUCCUACCACUCAUGGCUUCAGCCUCCUUUCACGACUCGUUAAACUCGCUUGGCUGGUCGAGGCGUGCACCCCCUUCUUCUCCAAGAUACAGUCAUGGAACCCGCUCGGCAGUGGGCGCGGUGGAUACGUUCAGCUCUCACCGGAUAACGCUGCCUCGUCGGCGCCUUUACCUGCGCCGUCCAGGAGGGAGGAGGAGGAAGCCUGGUUUGCUCGUGAGUGCCGACCGCUCACUCACACACUGCCCAUCUCUCCCUUUCUCAUCUCUCUCAUCUGUUCCUAUCGCAUUCGCAUUCAUACUCGCACUCACCCACACCAUUUCUACAUCUUGUUUAUACUUACUUCCCCAAAACGAGAAAACCCGUCUUGUGAUAUCCUGGCCUGCUAUUUUACCCUUUCACAUGCCGUUCUCUCUCUCCACCCUUUUCUUCUUUUCUUUUUUUUCCUUUCCAUCUUUGCUUUCUCGUCUUUGCUUUUUAUUUCCAUCCUCGCUUGA